UUGAGACACUCAGUUUGUAGAAAAGUUUUAUGAACGAAUCAGCUUUCGGAUGCCACUUUCACAUCCCCUUAAUGACAUUAUGUCGCAAGACUGGCGGCACCGACUUCUAUGACGACUUGCGAAUGCCGCCACUGUGGCGGCACCGACUUCUACGACGACUUACGAAUGCCGCCACUGUGGCGGCACCAACUUCUACGACAACUUAUGAAUGCCGCCACUGUGGCGGCCCCGACUUCUAUGACGGCUUGCGAAUGCUGCUACUGUGGCGGCACCGACUUCUACGACGACUUGCAAAUGCCGCCACUGUGGCGGCACCGACUUCUACGACGACUUGCGAAUGGCGGCACCGACUUCUACGACGACUUACGAAUGCCGCCACUGUGGCGGCAUCGACUUCUACGACGACUUGCGAAUGCCGCCACUGUGGCGGCAUCGACUUCUACGACGACUUGCGAAUGCCGCCACUGUGGCGGCAUUGACUUCUACGACGACUUGCGAAUGCCGCCAUUGUGGCGGCACCGACUUCUAUGUCGACUUGCGAAUGCCGCCACUGGGGCGGCACCGACUUCUAUGACGAUUUGCGAAUGCCGCCAUUGUGGCGGCAUCGACCACAAAGGGUUAACGCGCCGCGCUUUGAGGGUCACUCGAUUCGCUCAAUGGGACGACGGUGUUUGUCCAAUAAGGACGAGUCGCUUCACCGAAAUUUAGGAUAUACAUGUAUAUCUUGUAGGGAAGUCAAGGAUACGUUUCGGAUGGCUCGUAUCGAGUUGGUCGAUACGAUCGCGGGGAGAGAGGAAUCUUGUACACUGGGAGACAUCAAUGCCCUCCCAUCCUGCACAGGCGAUGUCGUACCUGGAGGGGAGGCAUUCAUGUCCAC